AUGACAAGUUUUCGAGCAACUCCAAUCAGCAAUGACAUCACAAAAAUUGUGAGGAAUCACUAUAAUCCUAAACCAGCCAAGCCAUACAAAUUCACAAAAGUAUGGAACAGAACAAGUACGAAUCUGCUGGAGGAGCGUCCAAAGUCACUAUGGGAACGACAUUACCAUCGUCGUCAAGGCAACCUGCAUAAGGGAUUCCACAGUAUUCCUUGGGAGCCAUAUCGUGACAUUGGGGGAGAUGUUUAUCUUGACCCCUACGACCUUGUUCUAAAGACUCUUAGCAAUAGCCUUGAUGAUGAGGUUUGGUCAGCUCCUCAUAAGCAGUUUUACGAUGACAAAAUCAAAGACUGGAAGAAGAAAAAAGUGUUACCUGCUAUUAAAAUGGAAGAUGAAAUCAGAAGUCCAAACAUGGCAGAGGAACCCAAGCCAGAAGACUUGGCAUCAAUUCCAGCCUUAAAUGGUUAUCGCAAGGUCAGAGACCAGCUGGCAGAGAAUGCUAAGAUCAUACGCUGUGUAAAGGGAGGUCAGUCAUAUGACGAAUAUGUCCGACAACAACAGGAGUUGCAGCAGAAAGGUGAGGAGGACACACAUCAAGACAAUGAUAUGGUACUAAUGUGCAUCAAAGAUCUACAAAUGGGACUGGUCCAUUUGGCUGAGUCAGACUCCGAAGAGGAGAAUGACAUUGAUGAUGACACAAUAUCUGUGGAACAGGAAAAGAUGGCAUCGAGUGUAAUGAAUAGGAUGUCAAAGAUACGAAAGUCUUUGGCUCUGCCCUCUGCAACAGACUUUGAAAAUAUCGCGAAAGGCUCCAUGGACCCCAUUGAUGAAGGAGAUGACAUGGCUGACCUAGAGGGAUCUGAGACUAGUCCAACUCCGCUCAUAAAAAUAUCGAGUGGUGUCACUGAAAAGAAGGAAAGAAUUCGUCGAGACCACCUGAAUUAUCUGGAGAGCCUGUACAUUGUUAUAGUGUCAAUCCAUAACGUGAAAGGUCGUGACCUCAAAUCUAAGGUUCCUUUGUCUCUAGGUGCUGUGAAGGCACUAGAGAAGUUCUACAACCCUGCCCAUCUCCCACCAGUUCACACUGGCGACAGAGAGAGUAAACUCAAUUACCUCGCUAUUCACCGAUUUCAGUCCAAGUUACAGAAAUGUUCCACUACAACUGUAGAUUCUAGCACGGACGGAGGGAGCCAUCGUGCCAAGUUGCCUGAUAUCGGUACUCCAGCAGCUCGUAAAGUCAUGAUACAGGAACCUGCACCAUCUUCUGCUGCAUCCAACGUUCAAUCUAAAGGAACACUUUUUGCAGGUAGAAGGAAGUCAAUUCGAGUUCCGAUGGAGGCUAUCUUAUUGACCAUACAGGAGAAGAGACGGGUCAUCAUUGAAACCUGGGAGGACCUCGUCAAUCUACAGGUCUCUCAACACAGGGCAGCAGCUGGAACACCAGCAAUGGGAGUCCAUGCCAACAUCAUCCUCAAGGCCAUGCAUUGGAAAAAAAUGCACGGAAAUCAGAAUGUGCUUCCGUCCGGCGGCUCCACUGCUUCUUCAGGUUCACCACGUGGCCAAACACCGCAUUAUGAUGAACCCCCGCCAUAUGUUGCAGAGAAAAAGGAAACAACUCCUACCAGGAAAUUGCCAAUCUGGCAGCAAGUGGCCAGUGAAAAAUAUCCCAAAACAGCCCCCAGUAAAAAAAAAUGUGCCAACACGAAACAUGUGGGAAACUUGGCCUAUAAUAACAGGAAAAAGCUGAAUAAAGUUAGAUCAACAGUACAGCAGGAGCUGGACGCCUCACUACAGAAAAUUGAAAGGGAGAAAAUGGUGUCCUUCAAGAUGAAGUACCAAGUGUUUGAGGAUCUGAGCCCACUCUUCCCAGAACAUGUGAUCAACAUGCGGAGGGGCAAAACAAAUAUGGCCCGCAAUGUAGAUGUCCAUCACGUGCCGCCUUCUAAGUGGUAUGAUGAACUGAGAGAGAAGACUUACUCCAUUACUGGUCAAAACGAUCCUGAAAUCAACAAUAUCCUUAACAAACUCAGUCAGUUUUCUACAAUGGACACCAAGACAAUUCAUCAUGCCAAGGCCAAGCUCUGUUUACUUGUGAUGUCCCUGCCAGCCUACUCCAUCUUAAAAAUCUGUAUGCAGAAGGCUAUCAAGUAUGUACUGGAAACAAUCCUGUUGGGAGAUCUCAGCAUGCUGGUAGACUGGCUGAGUCACAGAAAGUUCCCUAUGGUACUGGAUCUCAGCAUUGAAUCAACACCAGAGAGGGGUGAGAAGGACAAAGGAAACCAAGAAAACACAGACAACCAAGAAAAUGCAGAAAACACAGACAACGCAGACAACCAAGAAACCACAGACAACCAAGAAAACACUGACACAGAAAAAGGCCAAUAA